UACAUAAUCAUGACUUGAUAAAUGGAUUCGCUUUGACGACAUAACUGCACGUUGAAGCGCCACGGCCAUUUCAUCUCAGCUCCAGGAGGGUGAAGUGAAGUAGCUUCUCACUUGCUCACGCCGCAUUUCCACUAAGAGACCAUCUCCUAUCCUACACGCAGUCUAAAAUGGCUCAAACACCACUUCUUUCACUGCCUGAGUUUCGCAACGUGUCUACUGGGAGCCUGGUAGUGAAAGAACAUCUGAAUUUCUGGGGUGGAGCUCGGGUUCAAGGCAAGGACACAAAGAAUUCUGAGCCAGUAUAUGAACCUGCAACUGGCCGUGUGCUGUGUGACAUGAUACCCUGUGGGGAGGAGGAGGUUGAUCAGGCAAUAAAGAGUGCACACGCUGCCUACAAAAAAUGGAGUAAACUUGCCGGUAUAGAGAGAGCUCGGAUCCUGCUCGAGGCCGCACGCAUAAUUAGGGAGCGCAGAGAUCAAAUCGCUAUACUGGAGGUGAUGAAUAACGGAAAAAGCAUCACUGAAGCUAAGGUGGACAUUGAUGUGUCCUGGCAGACUAUUGAGUAUUAUGCUGGAAUUGCUCCUACACUAGCUGGCCAGCACAUUCAGCUUCCUGGAGGAUCUUUUGCCUACACUCGCAGAGAGCCACUGGGUGUAUGUGUGGGAAUUGGAGCCUGGAACUACCCUUUCCAGAUUGCUUGCUGGAAAUCAGCCCCAGCACUAGCAUGUGGUAAUGCCAUGGUGUUUAAGCCAUCUCCAAUGACACCAGUGACUGCGGUUAUUCUGGCAGAGAUCUAUAAAGAAGCUGGUGUGCCAGAUGGGCUGUUUAAUGUUGUGCAGGGAGCAGCUGGGACUGGAACACUACUGUGCCACCACCCCAUGGUAGCCAAAGUGUCCUUCACUGGUAGUGUGCCUACUGGAAAGAAGGUCAUGGAAAUGUCUGCGAAAGGUGUGAAGCAGGUGACUCUGGAGUUGGGAGGAAAGUCACCACUUAUCAUCUUUAAGGACUGUGAGCUGGAGAAUGCUAUCAGAGGAGCUCUAAUGGCUAACUUCCUUACCCAGGGAGAGGUGUGUUGCAACGGGACAAGGGUCUUUGUGCAAAGGGAGAUUAUGAAGCCAUUUAUAGAGGAGGUUGUGAAAAGAACAAAGGCCAUUGCUGUUGGAGAUCCUUUACUCGAUGGGACACGGAUGGGAGCUCUGAUCAGCAAACCCCACAUGGAAAAAGUGCUGGACUUUAUUAAACAAGCUAAAGAACAGGGAGCCACAGUGCUUUGUGGUGGAGAGCCAUUUGUUUCCAGUGACCCUAACCUGAAAGGAGGCUACUUUUUGUCCCCUUGUGUACUAGAUAACUGCAGAGAUGACAUGACCUGUGUGAAAGAGGAAAUCUUUGGGCCUGUGAUGUCCAUUUUGCCAUUUGACACAGAAGAGGAGGUUUUGCAAAGAGCCAACAACACAACUUUUGGCUUGGCAUCUGGAGUUUUCACCAGGGAUAUUUCUCGAGCCCACAGAGUAGCUGAAAAGCUUGAAGCAGGAACCUGCUUCAUCAAUAAUUAUAAUAUCAGUCCAGUGGAGGUCCCAUUUGGAGGCUACAAGAUGUCUGGAUUUGGCAGAGAGAAUGGAAUGGUGACCAUUGAGUAUUACUCCCAGCUGAAAACUGUUGUGGUGGAAAUGGGAGAUGUUGAUAACUACUUUUAAAAGGUUAUGUUGUAUUAUUGCAAAAUGACAGGUUUGCCAUUCAAAAAACUAUCCAGUUGUUUAUACAAAAAUACAAAAACCCAUAGCUGAACAUUUAGUAAACUUGUACCUGAAUGACCAGUUUCAAAUACCUCAAUAGUUCUGAGCCAAAACCAUAUUACACAGAAGUGCCUAAUACACUAGUCAUAUUUGCAUUAAAGAUUUUUAUAAUGCAUUUCUGAGGUUUAUCGUUAAUGACUCUGUUCUGAAAGAUAAAUAGCAAUAUUUUUUUUCUAUCAUUGUAGAACUUGUCCAUGAUUCAGCUACAUUUUCUGAGUUUUGCAACAUUUGUUGCAAGUUUGUUUGCCUGUUCCUAUUUAUAUAAACAUGUAAAUGGGAACUGGCUCCUGUGAUAGUACUAUCAAUCAGUGUAGAUUGUGGUAAUGUCACCUUUUUCACAUUUCUGUCACUUAGAAUUAAAUGGGAAUGUUACGAGUCUCUGUA